CCGGCGAGCUGUUGGGUUAGCAGCGCUUUCAGUUCCGGGUCAGUGUCCGGCCCGGUCUCAGCGCUGGGUUCGUGUUGUUAUUAUUCACCGAGGGAUCUCCCCCCUCUCCGUCUGAGAGGGGAGCUGGAACCCGGGGCCCCUGCAGCAGCGGUGGCGGGGGGGAGGAGGUGACGGAGAUAUGGAUAAACUGACCAUCAUUUCAGGCUGUCUGUUUCUGGCCGCCGAUAUCUUUGCCAUCGCCAGCAUCGCUAACCCGGACUGGAUCAACACCGGGGAGUCUGCGGGUGAGAGGGGCAGCGAGGAGGGACCGUGGGGGAGAGCAUGGUGAAAGGCAGAGCAGCCCCCCGCCCCAUGGGGGAGAGCAUAGUGAAAGGCAGAGCCCCAUGGGGGCGAGCAAUACGGUGAAAGGCAGAGUUAGCCCCUCUCCAUGGGGCGAGCAUGGUGAAAGGCAGAGCAGCUCCCCAUGGUGGGGGCGGAGCAUGGUGAAAGGCAGAGCAGCCUCCCUGGGCGGGGGCGAGCAUGGUGAAAGGCAGAGCAGCUCCCCAUGGGGGCGAGCAUGGUGAAAGGCAGAACAGCCCCCCCCAUUGGGGAGAGCAUGGUGAAAGGCAGAGCAGCCCCCCCUCCCCCAUGGUGGAGAGCAUGGUGAAAGGCAGAGCUGCCCCCCACCCAUGGUGGAGAGCAUGGCAGCGCAGAGAAAGCCCCUCCCAUGGGGAGAGCAUGGUGAAAGGCAGAGCAGCUCCCCCAUGGGAGAGCAUGGUGAAAGGUGUUAGGCCCCCCCAUGGGGAGAAGCAUGGGUGAAAGGCAGAGCAGUGUCCCCCCCAUGGUGGAGAGCAUGGUGAAAGGAAGAGCAGUCGUCCCCCCCCCAUGGUGGAGGGCAGAGCAGCCCCCCCCCCAUGGGGGAGGGCAGGGGUGGCUAGCCCAGGGCUGCUGGCCCCAACAUCUGUAUUGCUCUGUUUACCAUUGGCACAGGGAGCAGCAAUCCUUGGCAGCCCAUCUCUGCUGAGCUGCAACCCCAAUCAUGCUGCCACUGAUGAGUUGCAAUCCAGAGGUUGCUGGCGUGUUUAGACUGAAAAUACCUCUGGUCAGGGCUAGGCAACCUUAGACACUCCAAAUGUUGUGGACUACAUCUCCAUUAAUGCUCUAACAGUCAUAUUGCAGGCAAAGCAUCAGGGGACAUGCAGUCUACAUCACCUGGAGUGUCAAACAUUGCCUACCCCUGUGCUAUGUUGUGUAUUACAAUGUUGAUAAAAGGCAUACAAUGUGAAUUUUAAUUGCCAGGCUGAAAAUGGUAACAUUCUUCUGAUCUUCCAGUAUUGUUGCAUUUAUUUAACAUUCGCUUUGGAUUUAUGAGAAAUCACCCUUUAGUGAUCUACUAUGUGGUUAGAUGGGCCGGGUAGAGACCGAGAAAGAGAAGCAGAAACAAGGUCUGAGAUAUUGAGAUGCUAAUUUUAAGCAAGUGUGGUUCACAAAAUAAUGUUAAGAAUUCUUUAUUGAAUUACCUUUCAAAGUCUCCAGUUUGUGUUUUGGACUUCCUCCAAUUUUGGUUUCUCUCUUGAGAGUUUCUGCAGCUCUUUGCAUUCAAGCACUUCUAGCAUUUAUGUGAAACGUUUUAAUUAUUUUAGUCAUCAUGUGGAGUAGCUCAAGUAUCAAUUUUAUAUUUUGUGCUUUCUAGGAUGUAAUUUGUGUUGUCUUCUGUAACACUGGUGAUGCAAAGCUGAGGUUUAGGAUGUAAAACAAAUUUCUCAGCAAUACCAGGGAUCUGUACAAUACAAAUGCAUGCAAGAGAGAAUUCACAGCUCAUUGGAUUUAAUAUAUUUGUAUGAAUGCAAAACGAUUUCUAGAUGUGAAGAACUCUAGAAUUCAGCAAAAGGUUUGGACUCCUAUAGCGAAAGGGACCCUAUAGGCACCUAGGCCACUUCCACUCAUUGAAGUGGUUUGGGUGCAGUGUCAGUCUUGCUUAGUCCUGCAAUGUAAAUCAUUAGUUUUAGUGAAACUGCAAUGUUUACAUCACAGGACUAGGCCUGCCUCUAGUGGCACUAACUGUUUGCCAGGCUACUUUUGGUUCAUUAGCUCCCCUUCCCCUGUCGGAGAAGGCAGAGUGCCGCGGUAGACCAGCGCUAAAAUUGGGUGAAUGCAGAAAGGUUUUGUUUUUGUUUUUUCUUACACAAGGGAGAAGCAACCUUUGGCACUCCAGAUGUUGUGGACUACAUACCCCAUAAUGCUGGAAAAGCAUCAUGGGAGGUAUAUUCCAAAACAUCUGGCGUGCCGAAUGUUGCCUAUGCCUGCCUUACACUACACUAUAGUGUCCCUUUAAGGACAUGCCUGUCUACCAUCCUUGUCCUAGAGACCUUGCAGACUUAUCUAUUCAUGUUGACUUAGAAUUAUGUGAAUCUGUUUUUGUAUGCGUUUUCACUGUUUGUGUUUUUAAACAUUUUUGCAUGACAUCUCUGAUUUAGAAUUACAUGUUCAAAGUGCAAUACAAUCCUAGAGUCUCUCUUCUUAUUGUACUUAGAAGAACAUGUACUUGGAAGUUCACAGCAAGAAUCUGAGAUUAAAGAGACACAAUAGUCACCAGAACCACUACAGCUUAAUGUAGUGUUUCUGGUGUCUAUAGGCUGUUCCUGCAGGAUCUGCAAUGUAAACAUUGCUUUUUUUUUUUUUUUUUUUUUGAGAAAAGGCAGUGUUUACAUUUAGUCUAAAAACACAUCAAGGUGCAGUCACUCAGCCACUAGAGGUGCUUCUUUUUUUUAGUGCUGCAUUGUGUACAGCACCUAAAUUCAGAAUUGCUAUCCUCAGUUCCUUUGCAUUCAAAGGCUCGUUUAUUCCUUCCUUUCACUGUUUGGUUCUUCACGAUCCACUUUUAUUUUGACACUGACGUUUUAUUCAUCCUUCCCGCUGAUGUACAUUUCUUCCUCUUGUUUCUUUACCCCUUACUCAAAGAUUGUAAACUUGUUUUGAGUAGGGCUUUCUUCACGUAUUGUCUUAUAUUCUGUAAAAUAAUUACUUGAUUUCAAAUAUCCACACGAUAUAAAUGUAAAGACCAGCAGAAUAUCUUGCCGCUAUAUAAAUGAUUAUCAUAAAACCUACCUGUAAUCCAGUGCCAGGACAGUCUGCUCAAUGCAGCCUGAUCCUCUUGCAGCUAGGUCAUUAAUCAUGAUUAUCUCUUUUAGAGAAGUAUUGCUGACUUACAGCAUACACACGGUAGUAACAAUGAACCACCACUAAAGUGUUGCUUAUCGAGAAGUGAUUCUGCUCUUCUUUGUGACUCCAGUUCUUCUUUGCUGUUCUCUGAGAAGGAAGUGGCUCUAGUGGCUGUCUGUCCGCAACUACAUGCAGGCAUAGGCAACCUUCGGCACUCCAGAUGUUUUGGACUACACCUCCCAUGAUGCUUUGCCAGCAUUACGGAUGUAAGAGUAUUAUGGGGGAUGUAGUCCAAAACAUCUGGAGAGCCAAAGGUUGCCUAUCCGUGAUAUUAGAGGCAUGUGUUUGGCCAAAUGUAAACACACGGUCUCUCAAAUUACUAUGUUUUACAUUGCUAGAGAAAAUCUCUGCACUAAAAUCCCUACGUCAGGGGUGCCCAAAAGUUAAAGCCACUACAUCUUCAUUUAAGGCAGAGGUGCCCAGAAGGUACAUCUCCAGAUCUUUUUAAAACUACAGCUUCCAUUAAUCCCUUACAACCGGAGGGCGUACUAUUACGCCCUAUUCUAAGCGGCUCUAAACGCUGUAGGGCGGAGUAGUAGUAGUAGUUGUUUUUUUACUUACCCGGUCGCUGGCGAUCCCACGCCGGCAAUCGCGGUCGGGUGACUCACCUGGGAUCCCAGGGAGUCCCCCGCGGCAGAUCCUUCCUCCUGGACAAACACUGGCCAAAAUUGGAGGGCUUUUUUUUUUUUUUUUGCAUUUUUCACAAACAAACAAAUACGAACGCUAACUUCGGCCAGUGUUUGUGACCAAAUGGCUACUAAGAAAGACUGGACAUAUACACCAUUUGCAAUACCUUGGGCUGUCUUCUAUUGCAAAUGGUAUGCCAUUAUGGGUGUAAAUUUAGUUCCUGGGCUACUAUACAGUCUCAAAGGCAACGUAACCAAUCUGGCAAAUUUCAAAUGUAACAUGCUAUAUUUGACCCAGUAACUUCCCAAAACACCAUAAAACCUGUACAUAGAUGGUACUGUUUUACACGUGAGAUUUUGCUGAAUACAAAUGUGUAUUUUAUUGCAGUAAAAGCAAACAGUAUUAUGACAUUGACAGUUAAAAUGUCGUGCAGAACUAAAAAAUAACAAUCUUAUUUUCUCUCAUUUUUUUUUUUCAUAAUUUGUUUCAUAGCUAGAUAUUUGAUAUUAAAUGAAAGCCCAGUUUCUCCUGAAUAAAAUGAUAUAUAUAUAUAUAUAUAUAUAUAUAUAUAUAUAUAUAUAUAUAUAUAUAUAUAUAUAUAUAUAUAUAUAUAUAUAUAUAUAUAUAUAUAUAAAUAAUAUAAGGGUGGGUGCAUUUAAUAUGAAAGAGGUGAAUUACGGUUGUACAGACAUAUAGCGCAAAUGCCAGGUUUUGUUUUGUUCACAACGUGUACAUUUGGUUCAGUCCUUAAGGGCUUAAGCUUUGUCAUUCUAAGCAUUCUAAAGGCAUGCAAAGCAUCAUGGGAGUUGAAGUUCUACAACAUCUGGAGAUCUACCUUUUUGGGCACCCCUGCCCUAAAUGAAGAUGUAGUGGUUUUGACUCCUAGUGUUCCCUUAAAAUGUAGUUCUUUAGUUUUUGCACUUAUCCUAAAUAUUUAAGACCAUCAUCUUCAGCAUUCAUCAUGUCCUAGAAAUAACUUGUGACAUGCAAGGAGGGUCUGUCUUCAAACAGUUUAAGGAGCAUGUAGAUCCCUGUAAUGUAAAAGAUUGCUGUUUUCUAAAUAACUGUUUAGCAUUGUAGGGAUUUCUGAAGGGUACCCCAGAGAUAUAUAAGCGGUUUGUGAAACUUGGCCAAGGCACAGUAUAUAUGUAAGACAACUAUAAAUUGGAGUCAGGAGCAUUUCUGAUGAGUGGCAUGUUUAAAUUGAACUAGAGAUGGUGCUGCCUGCAAUUAUGAUCCCUAGGUGAUGGUUUGAUUAAUAUUAAAGCCUGUCAAAUACCUUUUUUUUUUUUUGCAUCUGAUAUUGACUAGAUGUGUGCCAUGAAUAAACAUAAGCCGCUUUUUAAAUAGUCAGGGUUAUUCACUAAUGGGAGAAAUUAAAGUGAACCUAAAAUUUAAGACUGGAACCAUAUGACUUGGAGCAGCAGUUCCCAAAGUGGGCACAGCGGCGCCGCAAAAUGAUUCCCUGGUGCAAUCAUUAUAGCACCAGGAAACUUUUCUGCUGAACAGGGGCCCGGUCAGGCAACGCGGCCCUUUAAGACUGCGACUCAGCCUCUGUUGUGUCAGGCUGGGAGGAAGUGACAGUCUAUUACUUCCUUUCAAGUUUAUGCAGAGUUCAGUGCAGGAUGGUGAGGAGGCAGUCGCAGCCUAAGGAGAGUAGCUUCUCCAGACCCCUCACUUACACCAGCAGCAGGACCAGGACUCCAAGCAACCCUCCUGGAUACACAAGGUAAGCUAACAGGAGGAUGGCUGCAAAUAUAAAACAAUAUCACUUGAAUGUUUGUCAGAUUAUGUGUGUGGUUAUGUCAGUUUGUAUCUGUCAGGGUGCGUUUGUAUGUGUGUGUUAAUAUGCAUUUAUAUCUGUGUGUGUGUGCAUACAUCUAAGCAGUCAAACACCAGCACAACAUACAAACACACCCCUUCACUCAAACACAAAAGUACAUUCGCAUUUAAAAGUGAACAUUACAUUCAAAAAUACCCCUGCAAUCAAACGUAAACAUUACAUGCGCAAACACCACUGUAUUAAAACACUAAAACUAUAUAUAGAAGCACUUCAAACAUCAACAAUAUAUAUUACACUAUAGUGCCUGUAUAUGCCGCAGCUCUGAACAGAUAUACAACCUAGAAGAUUUGACUUGGGGCGCCUUGGAAAAAAUAUUCAAAUAUUAAGGGCACCUUGAAUCUAAAGUUUGAACAACUAACUUAGAGAAUGUUUUCAGUUUGGCUAUUUUAUUUAUUUAUGUUUUUUAUACCUUGAAUAUGAAAUUCACUUUAGUGACUAACUUUGUAGGGUAAGGGGGGUUGGGUACAUACUAGAUUUUACUGUCUGUAAAUGCGAUGGUUAAGGGGUAGACAAUUGUGCGUUUUCAAACUCAAGUUACAUAACCUAUAGUUGCAUGUAAGUUUGUAUAACUAGAUUUAAGGAGUUCUUAAAAUAGUUAUGCUACAAAGUUUAUCUAAACUUUAUUUUUUUUUAUUUUUUUUCUUUCAACUGUCAUUAACUUCUCAGCAUUCUAAUAGUAGCUAUUACAUGACUCUGAUAGUAGUUUGCUUAUUAAUCUUGUUAAACACAUGUAGGGUCACUGCCCCCCCUUAAGUAUUAAGAAAACUUGCCUUAUUUCCAGCGCUGCGAUGGUCCUGCCCCUGUUCUGCCUCCUUGGCUGACGUCAUCAGAAGUGGUGAUCCUUGCCAAUCACAAUUCUUUCCCAUAGCUAAUCAGAAUCUCCUCAUAGAAAUGCAUUGAAUAAAUAAAUCUCUAUGGGAAGUGUUCAGUGUCUCCAUGUAGAGCGUGAAGACGUUAAAUGUCAGUGCAGAAUUGACCCAGGAAGCACCUAUAGUAGCCAUCUGAUGAGUGGCCACUGGAGGUGUUCCUAUACAGUAAUGUAAAUACUGCCUUUUUUCUGCAAAGGCGGUGUUGACAUUUUAAAAGCCUACAGGGGCAUGCCAUAGUCACCAGAACUACUACAAUAAAAUGUAGUUGUUUUGGUGACUAUAUAGUGUCCCUUUAAUCUAAUUGCUGCAGCAUGAGUGUGUGGUUGUGUACAUGCUUUCUUAAAACAAGGGGCCAAACAGGUUACUUGGAUGCAACUGGAAAUGAGGGGUGUUUUAACCCAUUCUAGGGGGAAGGGCGGCAUGGCGCCACUAUAGGGUCAGGAUUACGUUUGUGUUCGUUUAAUGCAGACAAACAUACCACAGUGAAGGAAUCUUCAUAUCUUCAGUGAAUCAGGGCCUUUUUGGCAAGCAGUUGUGAUUUUUGAUUAUUCUGUUUCAAGAUUUGAAACGGUCCAGGUCACACACAACAGGUUUAUAUGGUUUAAUUGUUAAUCCAUGUGGACAUUGUUUUGUAACAUGCUUUGUAUCCCAUUAUGAAAAGUGCUACAUUACUAUAUUUUCAUCACACACUGGUGCAGUACUGCCCACCAAUCACUGCUACAUUAAAAGUGUAAACUGAGCUUCGCUGCAUAGAGCUGAGCCCAUAAACUGUUGACAUUGCAAAUCCUGAUUUAUUGCACAAUUUGCAUUUGUAUCCUUUAAAACCUGUAUAAGCAUAAAACUGCUUUUCACCCAGCACCAUUUAAAACGGACAGGUUACCUUUUUUGAAAUGAUUAGCAUAGCUAAUAAAAUUGCUGAAUUACUUACUUGACUUUAAAAAAAAAAAAAAAAAAAAUUAAUUAAUUUAUUUGGCAUGUACGUCAUCACUAAAUAUCUAGCAGUUUUGUUGCAGUUCAUUUACUGUAUUUACAUACCAGGCAGUGUUUUAAGUCAUAAUCCCAGAGAAGCACUCAAACAAAUCUUAAACCCAUUCAGAGAUUGUCCUAACCUGUGGUCCUGUGUGGACACAUCCAUAUGUAUUUAAACACUGAUGGGUCUGUCAAAAGACCAAAUCUAAUUUAACUGCAGGAUAUGACCACAAAAUAGAUCAAGCUCCGUACAUGGACGCACACAUACACACUUGGCUUACAUCCGGUUACAAAAUAAUUAUCCAUGUACUUCUGUUUGUACAGUAGGAUAAAGGACCAUCAUGUAAGACUGCAUAUACACAGCUGCUUUAGGUACAGAAUAUGUAGAUGUAAACCUUUAAAUAAAACUAUAUAUCAAAUUGAUUGAAAUUCAAAACAUUCUAUAACUGUUUGCUCUACUACUGGUGCAUUCUUAUUUUCAUUGUUGUACAUGUAGUCAACCAGCAGGUUAUAAUCCUACCAAAUACUAAGGUCCUCCAAAAGCCCCAAAGGAGAACAAAGGGAGCCAUUGGUCAGGACCAGUGUACACUGCAGUUUUCUGCCUGCUGCACUGCAAGGAGAACAUGCCUACCAACUAGGAAGGCCUACACGUCAAGCUAGAUGUUGUCAUAUCUGCUAUGAAUCUUCCUGUGCUUUAACAAAUUUUAAAUUUGACUAGCUUUAACAAAUUGUAAAGAACGCGAGUGUACUUCAUCCCAAGUUGCAUGCACAAUUUGUGGAAAGAUUUAUAUCUGCAACAGUCUGACAGCCCUUUUAAAUUUGAGUGGGGUGCUAUAUGCUGCAUCAAUUUUGCAAUUUGUGCAGAAUUGUGAUUAUGCCUAGAGGUGACCCCUUUAAAGAAUUUCUGUGUGGUUGCUCUGUGUUGGAAGGGAUUUCCUGCUGGUUUUCCUCCUACCCAGCAGGUGCAUGUGAUUUUUGCAAGUGUUUUGUGGCAGUAUAAUUACAGUCUGUUAUUAAUUUAAUGACAUUUGCAAAUUCUAUUUUAACUUCUGUUGUACAGAUUCCCAAAACUAUCAAGUCACACUGAAUUGUGCUUUAAUGUGUAAGCCACAUCUGAGAUUUUUUGCAAAGCAUAUAGAUAUCUACAAGUUAUCUGUGCUUUGUGCUCUCUCUAAUGCAUACACUCCCUGUAUAGAGGAAGCCUGCUGGAUGAAAAUCAGACUGCAUAUUCAUUCGUUACGUCAAGCAACAUGACCACUUUAGUGAUUUGAAGUGGUCCUAUUGCUUGGAGUCUGUAAGAACGGCUGUAUAUACACCUCCAGUAGCAUUAUUAGGUGUGGGUAUGGGGGUCAUCAGCUAGCCCAGAGCUAGAGUUUCAAGACUGGUAAUGUCAAUUCUGUGCAACUUUCAUUGCACAGAAUGUCAAUCAUUGCAGGUCAGCUGAUGUUCUCAGCCGAUGAAUGGCCUCGGUUUCUGUGUCUCUACAGAAGCUCGAAGCACUUCACUGGACCAACAGGGAGCAUCAUACCCCAGCAGAGACCCAGUUUGCUCCAUUACUAGGGAACUGGGCAAGGGUACUUUAGAUAUCAUAACCACUACAACAGGCAAUGCACUAGUUUGUUCAGUUAUUGCUUUCCGACAUGCAACUUGUGAGUUAUAGGUUCAACAUGAACAUGAAGGUUGAUACAGUCCUAGAGUUUAGUGUUUAGCUAAAGUAAAAAUCGACUCUGUGCCAACUUUUUUUAAAUUUUAUUUAUUUUUGUACAGUUGUUCCUAAUUUAUAUUGUUACACCCUGUGUUACAGAUUUUGGUUCUGAUUUAACGUUCCAUUGUUUUUAUAGUAACACUUGCCAAUUUUUUUUAACUUAUUAUUUUUUUUAUUUUAUUUUUUCUUCAUAAGACUUUAUUUAUAAAAUAUUUUACCAGGAAAGAUACAUUGAGAUUUUGCUUGUUUUAAAGUAUGUCCUGGGUCCACAAAACAUUGCAUUGAUACAUUAGGUUACAAUAAAAUUAAAAAAAACAAUAUUAAAGGGACAAAAUAGUCAGACACAGCCCACUUCAGCUCAAUGAAGUGGCCUGGAUGCCAGGUCCCCCCCAGGUUUUAACCCUUCAGAUGUAAACAUAGCAGUUUCAGAGAAACUGCUAUGUUUACAUUGCAGGGUUAAUCCAACCUCUAGUGGCUGUCUUCCUGACAUCCAGCGUGCAGAACGUUCAUGGGAAAGCAUUACUGGACUGUUUGAAUGCGUGCGGCUUUUGCCGCGCAUUCCGCUCCACUCGGGAUCUGACGUCAGCGGGGGAGGAGAGGUCUCCAGCGCUGAGGGAGCCCGGCGCUGGAUACAGUUAAGUGGCUUAAGGGGUUUUAACCCCUUCAGUGCCAAGGGAGGGGGGCUCUGAGGGUCAGGGGGUCCUAAGGAUGACUAUAGUGUCAGGAAAAAGAGUUUGUUUUCCUGACACUAUAGUCAUCCUUUUUUUUACACAAUAUAUAUACAAAAUGUAACAUAGAACAGGUAGGAAAUAUAUAAUCAACCAUAGUGUGUGUGUGUGUGUGUGUGUGUGUGUGUGUGUAUGUAUGGUGGUUUUUUUUUUUUCUUAAAGGACUUUAGGCUUGUGGAAGAUUUGAAAGUGUGCGCGAGGUCAUUCCAUAAUUGCAGCGCUCUGUAGGAUCGGGUUGCUUUCUUUAUGUAUUGAGGUAGACUAAAUGAAGUGCUGGUACUGGAUCAGAGGUUAUAGGAGAUGGGGGAAAGCAGGGGAGAGCAUUCUGCUCAGGUAGGGAGGGAGCUUCCCAGAAAAGCUCUUAAACACAAGGCUGGAAAGAUGAAGGGUGUGUCUGGAUUCCAACGACAGCCAGUUUAGUUCUUUUAGCAUGUCACAAUGGUGGGUCCUGUAAUUGCAUUGUAGCGUAAAUUGGCAGAAUGAGUUAUACAAUGUAUUGAGUUUAAGGUGGGAUUGCGGUGCAGGUGCAUGUACUACAUUCCCGUAAUCGACGAUUGGCAUCAGCAUUUGCUGUACGAUCUUUUCCUUUACUGUAGGGCUUAGGCAGGAUUUGUUUCUGUACAGGGCACCUAGUUUUUUAGAUGCAAGUUUUUCUAUGUGGAGGCCAAAAGAUAGAUUGGGGUCUAACAUACCAAGUAUUUGAAAGAGUGGACUGCGGUCAGUGUGCUAUUUGAAUUUGUUUUUGAUGGAUAGGUGGGAAUUGUGUAACUUGGGUACGUUACAAAGAUCAUUGUGACCGUUUUGUCAGUGUUUAUGAAGUUUUGUUUUUUGCGAUCCACUUUUCUACUUCUGUAAACUGGUCUUGGAGCACAGCCUCAAGCAGGUGAUGUGUGAUUUUGUUUGCACGCAAGACACAUAAUGUGUGAAUUCAAGCUUUGAUUUCCCAUUAAGAGCUCGCCUAUGGGUGCUAAGUAUACAGCUGCUACAGUUGAAAGCUUAAAUGGGAACGUGUUUUCUGCUAAUGCUCUUCAGAGCCAUGUGCUUAGGAGCGCAUCAUCUGUACAUCGGAUUAAUUCACACAGAGCCAGAUUAAAAGGUUCUUCAAACAUUAUUUAUGAUGGUGUGCUUUAGAGAAAACAAGAGUGCCCUUGGGGAACACCAUUUUACCUUUUAGCAGUAUGCCUAAAUUUGUCUGUGACAGUAUAAUUCCAUUUAGUGGUAAACUUCUCUGGGUGGUUUAACACUGGUUUUCUGUGAAAGGUGAGUACCUAAAGAUAGCCUAUAGAAAGUAGCUUCUAACAUAUAGCAUACAUUUGUAUGAAUAAUUUGUAGAAUAAAACAGGUAGGUGUGUGUGUGUGUCUCUCUCCCUCUAACUAUAAUUUUGGAUUGGUGCACAUUUAUUUUGCUGGAGUUAUUUGGCACCAGCACGUAUUUCCGGCAGAGCUAAAUAUUGAUGUGCGGCACCACAUUGACUAAAUCUAAAAUAUUAAUAAACAAAUUAAACAUUCAUCACAGUCUGUUUUGGCCUGCCAAAACAUUAUUAUAAAAAGCAUUUUAUCAAAAUGUGCAUUCUCAUAGAACCUGUGGAUUUUUUUUUAUUUAUUUAUUUUUUUUUUUAAAUAAAAAUCUGAACUCUUGCUUGACAUAUUUUAAACCAUGUUGGUUUAUUUCAAGCAAAUGUUUAUAGGUUCCUGUGUGGGUUUGAGAGAUCGUUUUUAUUCCAGUGCAAUUCCAACUUUGUUUUUUGCUUUGGUGCUCCUUCUACCUCCUUAAAUGGUCAGUAUAGGCACCCAGACCACUUCAUUUAACUGAUGUUGUCUGGAUGCCAUAUCCCUAUAGUUUUCCAUCCUGCAGUGUAAAAGCAUUUACCUUGCAGGAUUUAAAUGCUUUAGGCAGUCCCUCGAGGCACUUCUGCACCUCUCCUGUAAAAUCAACAUGUGUAUUAAAAGAAGCAUUAAAUUACGUGCAUAAAAUAAUGCAAGUUCCGUUCAAACACUUAGUGUUUUUUCUAUUCCAAGCCUCCUUUUUGUGCCUCAAGUUCAAAGUUCUAAAUAGAGAACUAUUACGUUAAAGUCCUACUUAAUAUAUAGUACAAUAAGUACACCAAUAGUGUGAAAUAUAUUUCAGCAAGGGAGGAGCAGAGGCGGAGCCUGAAACAGCACAGAGGGACAUUGGAGCUGGAAUGAGGUAAGUGACAGAAUGGGGUUUUUACCCCUUCUGCAGCAAGGGGGGCACUAUAGGGAGCUAUAGUGCCAGGAAAACCACUUUCCUGGCACUAUAGUUUCCCUUUUUGCUUUGGUUGAUGGUCCCUUGUAGACUCUUCAGGGUUAAAAAUGUUUUUUUAAAUUUAUUUAUUUAUUUUAAAUGUAGGGGUCCACCUAAUAGUUCCCUCAAAAAGAAAAAUGCCCGCUAGCCGGUUUUAAAGAGUAUAUGCCUGUACAUGAGUAUGGUUAGCAUAGAACUGCAACAGCAUUUCUAUGAUUAAUGCGUACACAGUUUGCCAUUAUUGAAAAGAAAUUGCAUUUGUAUCCCUCCAGGGCUAGCACAGGAAGACAUGAGUAUUCUACACAGCUGUUUUAUGUGCAACUCUUUUUACUAGGUGGGGUGCUGCAGUUAAUCAUUUUCAGAUGAACGGUUGUGACUUGUAAUUUACAGAGCUUAUGUGUCUUCUAUUCUGCAUGAAUAUUACAAGUGAUCUGUACCUGAUGUAAAUGGUCGGGUGUGAUGCUUUAAUUUUAAAGGGACAGUAUAUGAAUUGGCAAAUAACAUCUACUCUAGAUAUUAAAGCACAAUCUAUUACCUUCUGAGUUGGUGACCAUUUCUAAUGAUCACUCCAAUAAAUAAUCUAGAUACUGUAUCUUUCUGAAUAUGAUUCACCCAUAUUUUUACUUACGCAUUUUGUGGAAAAUGUAUGUAGUGUGUAUGUGUUUCUGUGAUGGGAUAGAGGCUGUGGUGGGUGGAGAGGACCAGUUUGAGGAUUUGGUUUUGUUUUGGUGUUUUUGUUUCCUUUCCCAACUACUUAAAUUAGAAUGAGGAACACAAUCAUCCCAUCUAGAGACUCUUUUCGUCUGCACCUCUGUAUAUUCUUCACACAAGCCUCUGCAUUGUGCCGUAGCAACGCUCUGAUAGGCUUGCGCUAGCGUAAAAGGGAACCGAUGGGCUCCCCCUCCUGCAAAGGAGGCCUGCAGUGGCCAGGUGCGGCAGAAAUGGAAUCUCUGGCUGUGUCCUGUAUUCCAAAAAACUACAGUAUGUUUACUGUUGAAAGGCGUAUUUUCACCUAUAACACAUUAUCGUUCAAAGAUAUUCUGCACACAGGUGCCCUUUGGAUCAAAUAAUACUUCAUAUAAAAAAGUGAAACCAGACUCCGUUCCUAAAUAAUCUGUGGUGCCACUUCUGUUAAACUUUAAUUUUUUUUGUAAAUUAAGGCAUGAGUAAAAAAACAGGCAGCUGAAAUACAACUCCCAUUUAAGGGCUUUCUACAUGAUGCAAGAUUUUCCCAUAGACCGAUAUGGGACCACCAGGCUUUCCACAGUGGAUUCAACCACUUCCUGAUCCCAUGUGAGAUCACAGCAAGGUUUUGGCUUUAUAGUUCUUCCCUCAUUUGUGCUUCUAAUGGGCAAAUGUGUUAAUUCCUGCAAUACAGGUGAGGAAGGGGCAGUUUACAUGGGUUAGUAGGAGUCUGAUUAUUUUACACCAUUCCUAAACGGUUUGUCAUUGAAUUAGGGGUACAGCUCCAAUACACCCUUUAAGAAAUGGAACACUCACUGUAGCAUGCCCCUCUUUAAUAUUGUAAAGCACUGCCUGUAUUUAUGUUGUAUUUAAAAAAUAAAUAAAUAAAUAAUUUAACUUUUAAUAUAGCUAUAUCACAAUUUAUGUUUGGCUUUGUUCUGAUUUUUUUUUUCUUGCCACAACUGUGAUGGGUACAGUUUAGGUUGCAUUUAUUGUGUGAAUUCGAGGGCUGGGGGUUUCUGAAACUUUUAAAAGGCAGUUCUAAGAGUUUGGCUUUUUAGAGCCAAGACUGGUUGGCUUUGUUCUUGGAUUCUAAUAAGGAAGCCCUUUAUUCUAUUUAGUAUAGAAAUCUUUCAAGCCACCCAUUCUAUCUAGCACACAUGCUCCUCCAAAGUGUUCAGAUUUCAAACUAUGCCUUUUUGUUUGUUAAAUUCCCCUUACAGUAACUGAAGAUUCAGAAGAAAACUGAGAGUGGCUUAGUUCUAAUCAAGUGAUGAAUUGUUCUUUAAAAUAAUCUGGUCCUGCUGGUCAGCCAUUACCUGAUAAUGUCGACUGAUCCUGUGUGUCUUGAAAGACCGGUGUUGGUCUUUAGUGGACCACUCACAGUCUGCAGCAACUUAAGUUUGAGACCUGGUAGAGUUAUAUUUAAUUGGCUUAGCAGGCAACUUGGGAAAUGCGUUUUUAUUUUUUAAGUCAUCGCUUUUUCAACAAUCGCAUCCACUGCCACUUUAACCAUGAAUUGGAUAUCCAAGAUAUAAGCUUGAGAAUCCCUCAUCACUAAUAGGGUAUAAACGCAAAUAAAGUUGACAUAAUGAAAGCACUUCUUAAUGUAAGCUUGGUCUUACCCAGAAGCACCCAAAGGAAUGGGAUCUCACCCCAAGAGGACAUAAUUUGUCAAAUAUAUAAAGUUGGGGCAAAAUCAAUCAAAAGGCACUUUUGCACAUACUGAGGCACACAGGUAUGACUCUUGUUUUGGAGGGUUACCCACUUUUGGAGCUCUCUAUUAGGUGGUUACAGUGGUACAGCUCACAAGCCCCUGACUUGUAUCCAGGCUCCUGACCUGCACUGUGUUUACUUUAUUUCUCCAUUUUGUGUUUGGACUCCCUCACGUUAGUCGCAAACAAAGAUGAUGGAAGUGCACUCAACCCUCCAUUCCAGAAUCCAGGGUGCUCCAAUGGACAAGUCCCAGUACCAAAUAGGACCAAACACUGAGUUAAAAAUAGAAAAUGAAUCCAGGCACUCCAAUGAAUUCCAAAAUGCAGGCAGUUUAUUUAGAAUCCAGGACCAAAGAGCAAUGUUUCAACCCCUUAGGGCUUUGACAAAGGCCCUAAGGGGUUGAAACAUUGCUUUUUGGUCCUGGAUUCUAAAUAAACUGCCUGCAUUUUGGAAUUCAUUGGAGUGCCUGGAUUCAUUUUCUAUUUUCACUCACGUUAUUCAACACAGCUUGCAACCAGUAGAGAAAGGAGUAACGUGUUUUUUAAAAGACAAGAGUAUACAUUUUGUAUCAGCCACUCUGUCUUAAACUGUAAAUGGGGCCAGCCAAGACAACUGCUAUUGAGUGAGCGUAAAGCCCACAAAGCUUUACACGCCAUAAUGGCCUGCAAAGAUCUUCCUAGUUGCAAGAUCCAAGAUGGCCACCAUGCUGGGAACAUGCUAUAGAAUGUAAGCUCGUUUGAGCUGGGUCCUCUUCAACCUAUCGUUCCUGUUGGUUUUCUUGUAUUAUUUAUAGUUAAAUCCCCCCGUCUCAUAAAAUUGUAAAGCGCUAUGGAAUCUGUUGGCGCUAUAUAAAUGGUAAUAAUAAGAAUGCUGCACCAUGACGUGAAACAGAAGAUAAGUUGCAUCCAUAGGCUGGUGUGCUGUAUUAAUGUAAAGUUUGUGUGUGUGUGUGUGUAUGUGAUGUAUGUAAUUUAGGUAAAUAAACAUUUCCUUCAAUAUUGGGAUAGGUGUGAAAAUUGUUUUCAGUACAUGGUAUUUGGGAGAAAUCUUCCAGUUUACAUGGCGCAGUGAGGCAAUACCUGUUGCUGUAUUCAGUAAGAGAGCACCCAUCUUCUCCAUUACAGCUGCAACCCUGGCAUUUGGUGAGUCAGGUAGCUUGCUGGGAAUACAAAUGGCUGCACUAACUCCCUAAAGAGCGUUGGACCAUGAGGAAGCAAUUACACACGCUGGAAGUGCAGACCUCACGCCCCUCGCACCAGUAUUCUUUAAGGCAGCCCAGGCGCUUGUCCGUGGCCGGUUUAAAAGCAUAAAAACUAUCCUGCCCGGAACUACAUGUCCCAGUCGUCUGGCAAUUUAUAUAUUUCACAUCCCUGCAAUUAGCAUUCUGCUAUUGCCAAUGAUUCUCAAAAGAAAGAGAAACACAUAGGUAAGACUAGCCCUUAUCACAGUAACAUUCAACGUACAAAAAAAUUUCUAUAAACAGGAGAAUAAUGUUAUGAACAAAAAAAUUAUGACCAAUUCCUUUGUCUUCUAAAUCAGCUGAUGUUUUAUAAAUAAAGGUUUAUCACGGUACUAUAGAAGUACUCCUAGAAGUGUGGAUGGAUCCUUAGCCUGGCUAAGUAAAAACAUGGAGUAGCAGUGUGGCUAAUUUGUACGCUGGGUGCUUUUCUUCCUCUGUGUGCUUGAAGCAAUAAAAGCAUAAAAUAAGUGGGCUGUUUCAAAGCAUAAGACUUUUAUUGACAAGACAUGCAAUUUGAUCCAUCACAUAAACUGCAAGAGCAGGGGGGCCUGCACGGAUGUGGGCUCCUUUUAUUCUACCUUUUAGCAAGCUCAAUGAAAACCCUUUACGUCAUAAAAAUCUGUUCAGUAUGCUGAAUCAGCUGUUAAAAUGGCAAAGGUCUCUGCUAAAUUUGUCAUGACUGAAUCUGGUUUUUAUUUAAAGCACAUUGUGGAUUUCAUCUCUCCUUCAGGCAUGUACUUCUAAGGAAUUAGAUAAAGUAAUUACUGCAUUAUUUCAAAGCCCCCCAGGAUUAGGAUUGCCAGAUUUAAUUUGUUUAAUUCAAUUCAUAACCCCUUUGAGUCCCUAUAUGUCAAUAUUGUAUUGCACAAAUUGUCCUUAUAGUUGUUUACAAGCAUUCUAUUAAAGUUUUGUGAAAGCCCCAUAUUUAAAAUUGUUUAACCCCUUAAGGACCAAACUUCUGGAAUAAAAGGGAAUCAUGACAUGUCACACAUGUCAUGUGUCCUUAAGGGAUUAAAGGCCCACUAUAGGCACCCAGACCACUUCAGCUCAAUUAAGUGGUCUGGGUCCAUCUUGGGUUAACCCUGCAGCUGUAAACAUAGCAGUUUCAGAUAAACUGCUAUGUUUACAAUAGGGUUAAUCCAGCCUCUAGUGGCUGUCUCAUUGACAGGCGCUUCUCACUGUGAAAAUCAGUGAGAAGACACUGACGUCCAUAGGAAAGCAUUGAGAAAUUCCUAUGGACUGAUUGAAUGCGUGCGCGGCUCUUGCUGCGCAUGCGGCGGAUGACGUCGGAAGAGGGAGGAGAGUCCCCGGUGCUGGAGAAAGGUAAGUGUUUAACCUUUUCCUCCCCCGUCAGCCCGGUGGGGGGGGGGGGACGACCUAUUAACACUAUAGAGCCAGGAAAACAAGUUUGGUUUUUAUGGCACUAUAGUGGUCCUUUAAGUUUGACUUUUUUUAAGAACACAGUCAAACCACUAUGAUUUUAUUUUUUUAAUGCUUAAUUUGUAUUUAUUUUGUGCUAUAACGUUUUUUUUUGUUUGUUUUUUUGUUGUAAAUCAAACAUUGCUGAUGAUACAUCAAAGUUUAGUUUCUAUAUCACAUGUGGUUAAUGGGGGGGAGGGGGGGGAGUUAAAGGGACACUAUAGGUACCCAGGCCACUUAAAGUGGUCUUGGCGCUGUGUCCCUAUUGCAUUUAGUGCUGCAAUGUUAAACAUUGCGGUUUCAGAGAAACUGCAAUGUUUACACUGCAGCACUACAUCUGUCUCCUAGACAGCCACUGGAGGCAUUUCCUGCAUCAAAACUGACCUUUGGUACGGUAUCUGACGAUGGACGUCCUCAUGCUCUGCAUUCAAUGCUUUCCUGUGAGGUAUAAUGCAAGCGCGGCAUUUGCGCCUUGACGAUGCAGGACUGAGGCGGAGCUGUGACCCAGUGCCAAGUGACAUUGGCACUGGCAUAAGGUAAGUAAAAGGAUUUUUUACCCUUUAUUUACAUGGGGGGAGGCAGAGGGGCUAUAGUGCCAGGAAUACAGCUUUGUAUUCCUGGCACUUAGUGUCCCUUUGAGUGGUUUAUUUUAAAUCUUAUGUGAGAUUGUUCCUUUAAAUUUAGGAAAUAUUACUUGUCCAAAAUGAACGUUUGUUAGUGGUACUGCUUGGUUUAUCAAUACUGUAACUGGUAAUGUCCAUUCUGCAUCUCUUUCUUCACCUUGUGCACCAUUAUGAAAAUGAGGCGGUUUGUAAGUGACCUUGACUUGUCAUGAAUGAUAUCAAACAUGAACAGUAUGUUUCGUAUUACUUGAUCAAUAUCUGAAGUUAAAGCUUUCCAGCUUUUUGUUAUGGAUGGCUUUGCUGCUAAAGGACCACUAAGGCAUGUCAGUGAAGUGAUCUGGUUGCAGUGGCCCUUUAGAUUUAACCCUGUAAUCUAAAACAUUGGUGGUUGUUUUUUUUUUUUGAUACAGAAAUUGUUAUUGCAGGGUUAAACACCCCUGUAGUGACUGACUGGAUCCGCCGUGACUAGCGACUCUUUCCUUUUACAGAGCGCAUUUGAUUGAUGCAGCAUUGCGAUAUGCCACACAUGCGCACUAGCCUCCCAGUGCAUCUCUAUGGGACAGCUUUAGAUUGGCUUAGAUCAGGGUUGCCCAAAAGGUAGAUCCUCCCUCAGAUGUUUUAAAACUAAAGCUUCCAUGAUGCUUUGCCAUUCUAAAGGCAGUCCAAAGACUUUCAAAGCAUCAUGGGAGUUGUAGUUCUACAACAUCUGGGGAUCUACCUUUUGGACAUCCUUGGCUUAGAUCAGUCUUGAUCUCCUCUAAAGAGGAGGGGUGGCAGGAUGGGGACUGGCCUGUUGAGGGGAAUAAACAAAAGUUUAAAAACGUUCUUGUCUCUUUGGGCAGGGGAAAGGGUGUGGUGGUAGUGAUCUAAAUGGCAGGAUACUAUAGCGUUGGGAAUACAUGUAACAUAUCUACCAUAGUGUUUUAUAGAACUGUUCCAUAUAUGGUUUUUCACCAUGUGUCCUCUUCCUACCACCUUUUGCAGUAUAUUUGUUAUCGGGGACACAAGUAUGUAUGCAUUCUUAUUAAGGCUAAUAUAGGUUUUCUGUGGGUAAUCUUUUAAAAGCUUCUACUUUUGGUGGUCCUUUAGAACGGUUCUAAAAGACCUAUAAAAUGUAUUGUAAAAGUAAAACAAUGUGGCUUUUAUCUUAGUCUUGCAUAGACACAUUUAACGCUAUACCUUUUAUUGCUGCAGAGCUCUGAUGCACUCAUACGUGCCACACAUUGUGAUUUUUACAUGAACAAAUAUCUUGGCUCCUAGAAUAGUGAUCCCAAGCUUAUCGAAAGGAAUAGAGCUGUGCCCUCCUUAUUGACAUAUAUUUUUUUUAUUUUAUUUUUUAAGGCUGGUUUUGUCGAAACGUGCCCAGUAUACAGCUCAAUACAGAACUGAGCUGUAGUGAUUUUGAUGCUUAGUGCCCUUUUAACUAGUACAGUUUAAUAUGAGUAAAUGUAGCCUUUAGGCUAGGAUAUGAUAAAUGUUUUGUCCUAAAUCCAUAAUUUAGAUAGUUGUCAUGGUUCUGAAUAAUGAUGGAAUGCUUAUCAGUAAGGCCGCUACUGCCAUCUGAAUUUUUUUUUCUUUUUCUUUUUUAUGGCAUGCAACCCCCAGCAUGUAAGUAAUUACAGAAAAUAUUGUUAAAAGAACCACAUUCCUCCCGUGAAUAUCUGUCUGAGAGGUUAAUACCCACUAGACGUCUUUAAAGCAAUCUUGGUAUCUGCUGCACAUAAUUACCUUCUGUAAUUCCGAGAGAAACAUGAGAGCCAGAAAAGGCUGCUUUUCAUUUGGAGGUGAUAAAUUAGUUACAACUAAAGGGAAUCCAUGAUGAAAAAAAAUGUAUGUUCUCUUUGAUCCAAUUGUGUACUCAUGCACAACUAUAGUCGGUCUAUUUCACCAGAGGGUCAUGUGUGCUCAGUGGCUGAACUGAUGACUCCUGAAUGCCCAGUUCAAAUAAACUGGGAACCUGGCUGUGUAUAAAGUGAUAGCAGCUGUGGAAUGACUGCUCUCCGUAGAGCUGUUCCAUUAAUCCUAUGUAAUUUAUAGGAUAAGAUCUGACCCUGUACACCACAAUGAGAGGCUAGUGGUAAAUGAGGGUCUGUCUAGCCUGUGCAACUAAUAUUUUACGAAAAAUAAUGCCAUCAAGCAAUAGUUAAAAGUAGUGAGUGUUUUGUUUUUAAAUCAUUAUUUACGGUUUAUAUCCUCAUUGUAAAAAAGCACUGUGGAGUAUGUUGACACUAUAUAUAAAGAAAAUUUUAGUACACACACUUUCUAAAUGUGGUAUAGUUUGUGGUUAUAUGCACAGGGUAGUUUUCUCAUUACUCCCUCUUGUCAGGAAAGAAGAUUUUUACUUACAAGGGGCAAGCCUUGACUUGUUGGCUUUCUAAUCCAUUAAGUAAUGUCACACAUGAAAACAUCUGCUCAUUUAAUCAAAUAACCUUCUAACCUUUCUCAAGGCAGUUUUGCAGUCUUUGAUGCAAUGCCAAAACCCAUUUCCAUUUGCUAAUAAGCACUCAAUGCAAAGCCACAGAGGAUAUAUUUUUAGGGGAUUGGGUAACUCAUUUGCCCUACUAGACAUUGAGCCAGGUAUGCAAUCUUAAAGGGACAUAUCUGCCCAAAUAAAAUAUAUUUACUAUUUAGUAGAUAUAACCCAUAUGAAAACAUCUAUGCAUUUUAUUUUAUUUUUUAAAUUGGGAUUCUAUCCAAAAACUGCUUGCAAAAGCUGCAGAUAUCUUGUCUGCUGUUUUUGCAAUCCCUUCCUUUCUAACCCCACCCAGACUUUCUGUAGCUGUCCAAUCACAGACUUCCCAGUGCAGUUCCAUGUGAAGUCUUUGCAAAGCGGGUGCUCUGGCUUUUUGAGUUUAGCUUUACGGAGGUAAUCAAUUAGGAAGUAGCGGGACUUGUCUGCUUCACCACCAAAGGAGUGUAACAAGAUUAAUGCUACAAAAAUUUAACUUUUCAAUAGAAACUGGCAGUCUAAACAAAAAGAGGUCACACUCUUCACAUGUAAAGCAUUUCAGCAAACAAAAGUGCUUUAGGGGCCCGGAGUGUCACUUUUAGGCAAUACCUGAACUCUAUAAAAAAACUGAAGUACCUAUUCCUGUUGAAUAUGUUUAUGCUGGCUGGACUUUUCAAUGAAUCUUGUAUUUUUAGCAAGAUUUACACCAUGAGCCUAUCCUUUCUCACACACUUAAAGAAUAGUUAUUCUAGAAUCUAGUCUAUAGCAUCACUUACAACGUAGCUGCAACCUCUGCUUCUCAGAUAUUUGUGCUUAGAGCCAGGUAUUAGAAUUGAGCUCUGUAAAUGCGUGGGCAAAGACACUCUGUAGCAAAGGCAACAUGGCAGGUACGUAAGCUGAAGUGCUUUGCGUGUGCAGUGUCCUUUUAAGAAUGUUAAGUCCUCACCAGGGAAGGUUACGAGAACGUGGUAUUAGUUAGGCAGGAGAGCUUAGUGACAACUGAAGCAACCAAAUGACUGGGUUGAUUUACUGAAAUCUGAACUGAAAAUGAUUGAGUUACUCACUCUACCAUUCAUUUACAUAAGACUUUAUUUUCUUCUCUCAUUAUGCGUGCUCAAAAACCUGUUAUCUAAUUAACUGCUUCUUCUGUAUAGUAUACCAUUGUAAAACUACAAGUUCUAAUGCUGUCUCUUGCUUCCAGGUGCUCUCACAGUUGGCCUCGUCAGACAAUGUCAGACCAUUCAUGGACGUGACAGAACCUGUAUCCCUCCACGGCUCCCUCCAGAGUGGGUAACCACAUUGUUUUUCAUCAUAAUGGGAAUCAUAUCAUUGACUGUUACAUGUGGUUUACUAGUGGCAUCUCACUGGAGAAGGGAAGCUACAAAAUAUGCCCGCUGGAUAGCAUUCACUGGCAGUAAGUGUACACAUUUACAGAUAUACAAAAAUCAUAAAGAUCUAUUUAUUUUAUCCUUAUAAAUUGUCAUUUAGCUUAUUAUUAUUAUAUAUAUAUAUAUUUUUAUUUUUUUAUGUAGCAGUUUAUUUGUUUCAGGAGAUGAUCCCUGUAUAUCAGUUGCUUUUAAAGGGCACCAGUCCUGCCCAAAAUGCCUUCUCCUUUAAAGAAGCAUGAAAUUUAAUCUAUACAUUGUGUUGAGUUAUUCUGCAAAUGUAUAGAUUGUGAGAAAAACCUAUUUAAAAAAUGUUUGUGGGUGUGUGUUUUUGUUUUGUUUUUGUUUUUUUUUUUUAUUCAAACCUGUCAAUUCUUCAGCAUUGAUUCUUUGCCAAAGAAUUGAUUGUAAUGGAAAGCAGAAACGACCUCCUACAGGCGGCCCUUCAGCUCUCCACCCAGAGAAACCACAGACCAUGCCCUGUGGUUGCAAUAGUAGCUGCACAGGGAAUAGUGUCUGCAUCAUGGAGACUAUUCUUGAGGAAGCUUCCCCAAAUAGAGCAAAUCGGUAAAGAUGGGUGGACCAGAAGUUAGGGUUACAGAAAUAUAGCUCUGUAAGGACAUAUGUUUAUUUUUAAUGGUGUGGUUUAUAUAUAUGUAUGUAUGUAUGUAUGUAUGUAUGUAUAUGUGUGUAUACAGAUUUAAAGGAAUCCAUGUUUAAAAUGGAAUGAGGCAAAAAUGUGAUUCUUUGUUAAACCAAUUUACAUAUGCCCACCCAGAAUCCUUUGCGGUUGUAACAUCACUUCAGAUUUGGGAUUUCUGUGGGAAAAGCAAGUCUUAUGGCUUGAGUGGUGUGCAGAUUUUUGUUUAACAUUGUAAAAUAUAUAUAAUCUAUCUCCAUUAAUAUCCACAUUACCUGUCUCUGUCCUUGAGAAGGUACUUCAAACCAUGCAGCCUACGUUGAGUGUGUUUGCUUUGGUUUUGGGUUUUUUAGAAGGCAUUCUACAGCCUCUCAAUAGAAUAUUGCAGAUUCUCUGAUUAGCAUUUAUCCAAUAAACGGUAAAUUGCAAACAAAAUCAAAAAAUUUAGGCCAAAUUAGCGGAGUUGUGAGGGGAAAAAAAAAGAGGAGGAACAUUUUAUUCUUACUCUGCUAAAUAUGAACUGUAAACUUCACUAUGAUUUGGUAUUGAAAGACUUUCAUCAUUGUGGCGUCCAUAUUUGGAGUAACCAAACGUUAUCUAUAAUUAGGCAUGUAUUUUACCAGUAUAUAUAUAUAUAUAUAUAUAUAUAUAUAUAUAUAUAUAUAUAUAUAUACACACUUUCACAUUUGUAAACCUGCUGGGUUAUAUUUGUGUGCAUGUAUGCCAUUGUUUUAACUGAACCUAUUUUCUUUUUCCUUCCACAGUGAUCCUUUUUUGUAUGGCAGCAUUAAUAUUCCCCAUAGGAUUUUACAUCAGUGAAGUUGGUGGACAACCAUACAAAUUGCCCAACAACACGGUAGUUGGGUCAUCCUAUGUACUCUUUGUCUUAUCCAUUUUCUUUACGAUAGUGGGACUAUUAUUUGCAGGCAAAGUAUGUUUACCUGGCUGAUGUAAAAGUCAUCCAGCUGACUUUUUAUUGGAAUGGAUAGUAUAAUUUCUUUUUGAGGGUGGGUGGGGAGCUGGGGUAUUUUAAAGACCCCCUGAGGAACUUCUCUUCUCAGGAGAAAGUUUGCCUGUCUCAAAAGAACAAGAGAACCGAGAAGAUGAAAGACAUUGACUUGUUCUCACUAUGCACUUUGGAUCAAAUGGAGACUUUCUUUCUGUAACCAAAUACAACUAUCAUUAACUUAUCUCCUGAGCAUAUACAUGCAGUCAGGUCUGCACUGUGACGGGGACUCAUGAACGCUUUACACUGACAAACAAAUCGACCUUUAUUACUGUACCUGAUUCCUGUUUUUAUUGUUUUACAAUGGGAGUUGAAGAGAGAGAAACAAAGACAAGAGUAUUUAUGAACUUUGCAUAUAAUCCAGAAGCAUUUCAAGGCCAAGUGAGGCUGGCCUCACUUUUAAGGGGAAAUGGAGGACAUAAGCGAGGGGACUUGGCACCAUGAUGAAUUAGUUGCACAAAAGAGCCACAAGAUCAAAGCUUGUCUAACGCUGUGAUGUCCAACCGUUCAAUAUUUGGUUUUGAGCAAUUUUAGAUCUGCACCUAUUCGUCAGCUUAAUGUGCUUUGGUUUGAUCCAUCUAGAGAUGGGCGGAUCCACAAUACAUCGCAAUGCCAAUUUUACUGAGGUACUCUAUGGUACUGAUGGACAGGAUGGCUGUAAGUGGCUAUAACGGUGCUUUUUGAAUUUGAAAGGGAAUGUCCCAAUCCUAAAAGCGAACAAAAAACAAACCCUACUUCUAUACAAUGUCUGUUCCUUCAGCGCAUUCUGUGGGUGGGGCUAAACGUACAAAUGGAAGAAAAGAACUAAACACUAACAAAUUGGGGUGGGAUGAACUUUUCAUUUAUAUUUAUAUAAAUAUAUAUAUUUUUUGCUGACGCAGUAUACAGUGUAUAUAUUAGCAGUUCCUGGAAGAGAAUGCUAAAUGCUUUGCUAGCGAAAUCACUGUGGCGUGCAAACUGGAACUCUGUAGAAAAAAAAAGCCAUUACCCUGAAGGCUGCAUAGUUAAAGUCUUCAAUUUUACCUCAUUACUUGUAGCAGCCCUCAAUUGAAUCUGUUAUAAAUUUAUUGUAUUCCCAUUUUUAAUCCUUGGGUACAACUAGGUGAACUAGGCGCCAUUUUGAGUUAAAGUUAACUUUUAUUUUUUUUUGUUCCAUCCUUUUCUUUUAUUUCUCACCCAUUGCCUGAUUUUGAAAGAUUCCAGUUCUAAAUUUUUAUCGGUUUUGUUUUUACGCUAUGUAUUUAGUUUUUUUUUUUGUUGUUUGUUUUUUCAUUUAGUUUUUUUUUUUUUUGCCACUGAGUUCAUCUGCUACACUUAGAUACAUUUUUAAUGUGAUAACUCCAAGCACAGCUAUAAACUUUAAAGAAAGAGUAUGCUACAGGGGAUGUCACAAUUAGGUCAAUAUGAUGUAAAUACAUUUGUUCUGUAAUGUGUGUUACUUGUUAUGACUAAUUUAUUAUCAGUCAGAGAUGAACAUUCUUAAAUUAUUUUGUCUGAGCUUCCUUUUUUUUUUUUUUUUUUCCUCCCUUACCCUAUUGGACCUGAUCUUAAGUCAAAAUCUUUGAAUGAAUUUCCAUAUAUCAGAUUAAUUGCAUAUGUAUUUGAUCACCAGUCACUUUCUUAUAAACUGAUCUUUUCAGAAAAUAUUUACAAAUUAAACUUUUUUUUUUUUUUAAUUUGUACAAGCUAAGUAGGUUAAAAUGAACAUGAGGUUUGACAUUGAGAGUAUACCUUUUCUAUGUUAGUCUACUAAAUUAUCCAUAGCGAGGGAGUCCACUUGUGGCACUCAGUUGCUGUUACAUUGAUGUUCUCAGUCUACCAGCACUUUAUGUUAAAUAGGUCUCCCCCCAAAACAAAAACAAUCAUCCACUUUGUUUUCUUGAACAGUAUGCAUAAUUUGCUAAAACUUAGUGCAUCUGAUGUGAGUAUAGACGGUCCUAAAAGCAGAAUAUCAUUAAAAACACACUAUAGUCCCCAGAACAACAGCUUAUUGUAUUUGUUCUAGUAAGUAUACGCAGUCCAUACAGGCAUUUUCAUGCAAACUCUCUUUUCAGAGAAAAUGCAGUGUUUACAUUAUAGCCUAGGGACACCUACACUGGCCACUCCUCAGGUGGCUACUAGAGGUGCUUCCUGGGGCAGUGCUGCCCACCCUCUGCAUGGCGACACUGAGCUUUCCUCAUAGAGAUGAAUUGAGUCAAUGCAUCAUUAUGAGGAGAUGCUGAUUGGCCAGGGGUGUGUUUGGCUUGUGUUGGCUCUGCCCCUCAUCUGUCUCCUUGACAGUCUCAGCCAAUUGUAUAGGAGAGCAUUGUGAUUGGCUCAGAGAAUCACUUCUGAUAAUGUCAGCCAAGCAGGCAGAUCAGGGGCAGAGUGAGCAAGUAAGAUUUUACUAUAUUUAUGGGGACUAGAUAGUGGUUUUAACACUAUAUAGGGUCAGGAAUACAUGUUUGUGUUCCUGACCCUGUAGUGUUCCUUAAUCUGUCAGUCAAGAGGCUAAAAGGAAAGUUCUUUUUUUCUUUUCACAUCAUAAUGAGGGAUGCAAUUUAAAAUGUUGAGUUAAAAAAUGAAUAUGUAAAGAAAUACAAGCUAUGAGGAAGAAUUACUGGUUUGACUGUGAUAAAUAAUCUUCAUGCUUUCAACUUUUUGCUCAGGUCUCCGAUCCAAACACAGAGCAGGUCAUCAUUUUUAUUGAUUUAAUUUUUUUUUUUUUUUUUGAGACCUUGACUGAAUUUAUUCCGAGCUCGAUUGCAAAGUGAGCGUUGUUGGGAAUUCAAAGUGAAUUUCAAAUUUUAAAAGAAAAAAAAAACCGCCGAAUUGGAAAUAUAAUUUCAGUUCGCACUAUUUUGAUUUAAAAUUCACUUUGAAUUCCUGGCACUUCUCACUUUAUUAAAUUACACUGUUAUUUAGUAUGAAGGGUUUUAGACUGAUCUUAGUAAGUUUAUUUUUUUAUUUUUUUUUGUGUGUCUAAGCAGCCAUGUUAGGACAGACUCUACUUUCAUGUUAUCAGCUGCUGCUCAACCUAACCUACCUGGUCUGACGAUUGUUCUGUCUGAAGCUGCAGCAGCAGGCAAGUUAGGUAGCAUAGCAGUUGGUCAGGUGACAGUCAGACCCAACAUGGCUGCUCAGUUAGACAAAGUAAACUUUUCUCAAAUCUGUAUAUCCAUUAAAAACAAAACAACAAAAAAACACACAAACAUUAAGUUAUAUUAAGAAGUUUAAUAAACUUUUUAAAAGAAGUGGAAUUUGACAUAAUCACAAACUGGAUCUUAAAGGACAACUAGUAUCAACGUGGGUUUAUACAUUUUUAUUUUAUUUUGUUUUUAGUUUUUUUGUGCAUCCAGCUUUAAGCCCACUUUUGUCCGGCUGUACUCUAUCACUAAGAUUUGUGCACACUUUAAAUGUUUUAUGUUUUUUGGUGUCCAGUGUCUGUGACCAAAUACCAAUUAGUUCAUAUGUGUAAGACUGCUUCUGCCUUCUCAACUCAAAAUCUCCACUUAUAUAUAAGGAAGUAAUUAAGUGUCAAUUGUUGCUGUAAAGGGACAACAACCUAAUUCCACCCCCAUUUUGAUUAGUCAGUUUGUUUCAAAAGGAUGGUUACUGCAUCAUCUUUAAUGGCACCACCUAAGUUGGUUACACACUUCCCUAUGUGUUCACCAACUCUAUAAGGAAAUUAAGAAAAUCAGAACUUUUACAAUAGCUAAGUUUAUGUAGCAGAUACUGAAUAGAAUUUUUAAAGUGCAACUGACAUUUACGUGAUGACAAGGUCACCUAUAUAUAUAUAUAUAUAUAAAAAUAUAUAUUUAGAUUACACAGAGAUCCCAUUUAGUCUACACACUGGGUUGGCAAUAUUGUAUAGAUUAAAAUAUAUACUUUCUUUGUCUCUGAGACGUUCUUAAAUUAAACUGUCUGCACCGAAAAGCCCCAAUGCAUGGCACUCCCCUAAUUCCUAGAAUGCAGCUGCUUGUCCUCCUUCCUGAUUGUAUUAGGGGAACAAAAUAUAUGAAGUAAAUUAUGGACAGGACUUCUAUUGAAGUAAUUUGUGUCACAUGUUGUCACAAUUUAUAGCUAAGUUUUAUUUUUUUCAUACAGAUUCCACAUUAGGUUUGGCAUGGCAGGUGUGCUUUAAGUUUGUAGACAAAUUAAUCAGAUUGUUAAAACAUGAAGUUUGGCAUGGAAAAAUGUUUAAAGUCCAUUUUAUUUCAUCAUACUUGAAUAUACCUUGCAGAUGAGCAUUAUGACGCCUACCCUACUGGUCAAUCUUCUCUAUACCCAUUUGUGAAAUGGGAAAAUGAUCGCUCGUUGCCUAUCUGUCCCCCUUUAUUUUCAAAAAAAAUAUUUUUAUUUUUUUUGUUUUUUUCUUCUUUUCAGGGUUAUUCAUUUAAAAUGUGAAUUACUAGAAAUUUAACAAGACAAAUCUACUUUUCGACCACACUACCCAAACUGAAAACUGUGCAGUUCCAUUUUAGCUGCAAGUAUGACUUUUGAAUUUCAGUCAAUUAAAACUCUAAUGAAUAUUCUAUUUAAGUGGUGGCAGUUAUGGAAUAUAAUUAUCAAAAGAGGGUUAAAAAUAGGUGUAGCAUUAAUAACAUACGUACGUCUCACUUGUGUUUUUUAUUUAUUUUUUAAAUCUACGUUUCAGGUCAGUUUUUAAAAGAACGCAUACUACACCAAGCGGAGUGUAGUGGUUAUGGUCUAAUAGUAAGGUAUUAAACCAUUUUCUAGUGGCUUGAUUCUUACUAUGGACUCCAGAAACCAUUACAGUCCAGCCUCCUCUUAUGAUGUAUGUAAGGACUUUUGUCUCUAUAUGUGGCGGAAUUUAUGUCACUAAUGUGAAAGUGGGAAUUUCUGCAUUAGAAUAUCAGAAAAGUAGGUCGGAUCAAUGUCAAACAGUUUUUGAACGGUUUAAAUACUUCAUGUGAGAUGACAUGAUGGACUGUUGCCAUAACCAUUACAGUGGUUCUGGUGCUUAUAUUUUACCUUUUUAAAAUGAAACCAUACUGGAUAAGUUCAUAAUUCCUAUCUUGAUGGUAUCUGGGCAAACUUAAAUCAAAUGUGCCACCUUGUAACCUAGCAAGUUUAUAUUUAAUUGACUCAGGAAGUUUCCUUUGUCUGAGCAAUUCUGGGCUGGACUUCUAUUUAAGUCAAUUGUGUCGCAACUUUUACAGUACUGUGUUCAGCGUGUCCUAGGGAAUCCGGGAUUGGACAAGCUGUACCCCAUUUAUUUCUAGCUACGUAACAAGGCUUUCCAGAUCCCCUGGUACUCUCACAACUCGCUCAAUUUUCCUCUCCUCUGUACAGUCAUAAGGGAGUAGGGAGAGCUUUGGUGCCAAGUAAGACUUCUCUAGUAAAUUUGCUAAACAUAAUGACUCCUUACAGGGCCAGUGCAAGGAUUUUUAUCUACACAGGCAAAGAUUAAUUUGGCCACCCCUCCCCUUUAAAUUUUCCUUUUUUUAAAAAAAAAUUUUUAUGCAUCUUAACCUGUCUUGUUGUAAUCCCAUCUCUUGAAUGUCUUAUCCAUUUUGUGCUCUAAUGUAAUAUUAUUCCCCCUUUAGUGUAGCUUACUACACCCCCCCAUCCCCCCGGCCCAUUUGUGUGUCUCUUACCUCCAGCCCCUUUCUUUGUCUUCAGUCCGUUUUGUGUUUCCCUCCCCACCAGAUCCCUGUAUGUCUAUUUCCUCCUAAGCCACAGGCAUUGUUUUUCAGGCACACAGUCAUACAAACCCAGAAAUAAUCAUACAGAGACAUACAUACGGAGACAUGCAGGCAUAGAGAAAUAUAUAUAUUCAGUUACAUGCAUACAGAGACAGUCACAAUUACAUACUUACAUCUGUAUAAUAUGGUCCUUAGGGUGCAUGUUGUUCGGGUCUGUGGAGUCCCGUCUUGCAGCCCAGCCUUAUCACUGAGCAACACCUGCGCUGUGUGGUACACAGGGACCGGGGAUAUGAUGUCAUUCAUAUCCCCGUCCCCUCCACACAGCUUGCGGCAGACACCAGGGUAGGAGGUUUGGCGGGCGAUAGAAGGCUGGGCUCUGCGGGCGGUAAGACCUGGGCUGCGCUCGGCCAUGCUACAAGAAUUAAUUGGCUGGAGGGGAGCGUGGUGUGCUUUUCUGCUGCCGGUCAGCCUGACAUUGCGCCCCAAGGCCAGGUGUGCCCUAAAAUUAAGCUACUAUUGUAGAGAUGGGGAACUCACAGCACUAUAUGUUACUUAAUAAUCUCUAUUAUCUAAUCUUUUGAUAUUCAAAAUGAUGCUCAUUGAUGAAAUUAAAGGUUUUCCAACAAUGACCAUGACUGGUAAUUCCUGCAACCCAACUUUUAUGGUUCCUGUAAACUUACAAAUCUUGAAAAGUUGUCAUAUUUUUAUGUCUAACAGGACCGGGCAAAUGGCACAUCCUCCGAUGUACUAGAAUAUUCCACUGACAUGAUUUGCCACCAUUUAUAAUGGCAAAGCAUCAUGGAACUUGCAGUCCUACCGCGUAUGGGGAUCUUCUGUUUGACUGGGCCUAAUGGAUAACUAUCCCUUUCUGGUUUCUUGCUGCUGUACGUUACCUGUUACUCCUUUUCCCAAUGAAUGAGUUUGGUUUUGUGCCAUUGUCUAGCAAACAUUUUUUCCAAGUUCCACCAAGGUGGGUUUAGAUUUUAAGGUAAGCUCUCAUAGUGUUAAAAACGUUCCUCCAUCUUUGUAACAGUUCAAUAUUUCACAAGGCUCCACCUACAAUGUCAGAACUACAAUGUCAGGUUAAGUUACAGCACAAUACAUUAUUGGGAAAAGGUAACAAAGCAUUUAACCCCUUAAGGACCAAACUUCUGGAAUAAAAGGGAAUCAUGACAUGUCAUGUGUCCUUAAGGGAUUAAACAUCUUUUAUUAAAAAAAUAGUGGGGGAUUUCUCUUUCCUUCUAAAUAACUACAGUGGGCAGGUAAACCUAAUUAUUUUGGAAGAUUACUUUUUGUAUCACUCCCUCCCUCCCCCCCCACUCCAAACUCACUAACUUCCAACCAUUUGUGUGAUGUGGACGCAAUGCAUUGCAUGCUGUUCUGGAACACAGGACUUAAUAAAGUUAUUUAUGCUAUUUAUAUAUAAAAAAAUAUUUUUAACCAGCUUUUACCCACACAUUUUCAUACUUUAAAAAGGAAAAAUGUUGUACACAGGACUGAACAAUUGUUAAAGAGGCAAAAUGAAAUAAACCUUGACUCAAAUUAAUUCAAUGUCUUAAAAGUGUUCUCUGUUUACCUGUGGAUCAUUUAGCUCGCAAAGCAGCAAAAUGUCUGCUAAAACUACAUUGUAUGUGUUUUUUAUUUUAUUUUUUUCUUAUACAUUGUAAUGGGUCCAUUCAAUAAAG